AUGCUAUCAGUGUUAUACACAGACGGGGGUGAGCAGACGAGUCUUGAGGGCUGCAGCGCAAAGGUGGCAGUAAUUGAUGGCCUUGGGAGCCAGGGGUUGUUGGAGGUUCUGGUCGUGGCGGACCCGAAGGACCUUGCGAAGCCGCGUUCCAAGUUCGACCUGGCGCAAGAUAGCGUGCGACUAUUGGUGCUGCCGCCCGAGGGCAUCGAUGCGUGCUUGGGCAAAGGUGAUGCCGACGGUGUUCACUCCCUCAAGGGCAAGACCGGGCUAGACGAACGGAAGACGCUGAUUGAGACAGGGACGACGCUGAUUGAGACAGGGACGGCUGACUACCACCGAGCGGUGGACUCGUUGGCCACCAGCGUUUGGCGCGGCUUAGUGGCGCCCAAGAACCCGCUGGACGCAUUGGACCAACCAGUCGCCGACCGAAUCUUCGAAGACAUCAUGCCAAGGACUAUGGCGCCGGCGCAAGCCGUACAAGGUCGUCUGCGACCCUUUAUAAAGGAGUGGAGGUCGGUCACGGAGCAGGACUACGAUUUGUUCUGGAAGCUGCAUUUCAGCCCCCAACAGACCGACUCUAAAAUUCGCGAGAUUGAAUACGACGACUUGACUGCCUUGCACAAGGUUGUGAUGCAAGCCUCAGCUCCCGAAAAGUCGUCGCGAUCGAAGUCGAGUGUUGUCUGCCAGAGAGUGCUGGAAUACACCGCCGUGGCCGUCGCAUUUGUGGCCUUCCAAUGGUGGAUGGGUGGCAACUGGGACAAUGUAAAAGGUUCUCUCACGGGCAAUGGUGCUGAUGCAGCCAAUGGCAUCGCGGAUGUCCCGGCGGCUGACGGUCUGUACCAAGAGCUGGCGACGGAGGCCCCGGGUUUGUUGCAGAAGUUGACGGCCAAUUUUACGGCAGUGGCCGCGAACUUUACGCCUAGUACAACGGCGGAUGCACAACGCGAAUUUGCGACGGAGGCCAUGACCGAGGCAGUGAAGAUUGUCCGCAGGGAGUUGAGGUCGACGGUUGCGACGAGUACUACUCCUGUACCCCCUCCUGUUUGGCAUGUGGGCGAUUUCAUGCACCCUGCUAGUAAGAUAUAUACAAGGGGGAUGUUUGUGGACCCGGACACGGAAGUUGACCUGCUGGACUACCGACCGCCCUACAACGAGUGCAUGAAAAUGCUUAAUACUCGUGGGCAAUACGAUUUUCAAGUCGGCCGCGCAUUAAUGGCUGGAGGAGGGACUAUCCACACGGUUUGCGGCCGUUCCACUCCAGCCACCUUACUCUGUGAUGGCCUGGGAGUACGCAACGGUCAGUGCUUUAAGUUCGCUUCUGGCGUGCCGAGCUGGAACAGAGAGGGGUCCGAAUUCUUGUGGGGGAUGUUGGAACGAAUCUUUCUUCGCGCCCCCAACGAACACUGUACCAUGCGGUGCGGUCUUCCGGCUGAAAGAGUAAAUCUCUUGCCCUUCUGGGCCAGGGAGUACAAGGACGUGAACGAUCAUCUUCAGCCCUCAUUGGGUCUUGGCGAUGACAAUAUGGGAGGUAUGCGAAACUGGGAUAACAAAAUGAGGCGAAUGUUUCCAAUGGAGACAGUUGAAAACCACAAGACAGAACUCGAGCGAAUGUGGUUUGUUAAACCUUGCGGAAGGGGUAUCUGGACUAUGAUGGGUGACCAACUAAAACCAGCACCGCCCGGUCCCUUGUGCAUGUGUCCUCGUUUCGUGGUCACGUGCGAACUGGGCAACGACCUGGGCGAGAUGGUGACUGUCUCCCACGACGCAGGCUCCCAAUAUCGCGACUCCAGUUAUCUGUUCAUGCAGAAAGGAACUGUAGUCCUUCCGAAGAGUCAUAUACCUGGCAUGAAGAUCAGACGCUGCUUCUACCAAUGCCUCACUAAACUCUUUAGUGAUUGA